AUGAAUUUGAAUAAUGAAUCAGCGUUCACAUCUGUACCUGCACCUACAAAAAGAUCAUCACUUUCAUCGCGUGCCAGCAAAAUACCACAGAAAUUAGCACAAUCAGCAUUUUUUUCAUCGAAACCAUCAGCCAGCACAUUGAUCAACCCCAACCCUACUACUAGCCCUAAUAAUGACCGAUUAUCAACUCGUAUUAGCCACAUGCUAUUCAGGCAGAGAACUACGAGCGAAUCGAUUAUCAGAGAGUCUAGAUCUUCAUCCACACAGAGCUUAGACUACGGUAGCAACCAUGGCAUCGAUACUGGUCGCAGCUAUCCUUCUCGAAGCCUCGAUAUUCCAGCACAUGAAGCAGGGCGAAUAUAUAACAAAAGCAACCCUAAAUCUAAUCCACUGACUGUAGCAACUGCUGCAUUGGAUAACAAUCAAACGCAAUCAUCAUCUUCUUCUUCUCCUUAUUCAAUAUCAUCUCCUGAGAGAACAGACUUUUAUUCAUAUUACUACAACAGCAACAGUGGCAGACAUCACAACAAGAUCAACCACCAUCACAACAGCAGCAAUACCGCAGCUGACACAGUAAAAGAUGAAUUCAACCUGUUUUCUCCUCUUUCUUUCUCGAAUUCAUCUGUCUCCUCCUUUGCAGACUCGAUACUAAACCAUCAUAUCACACCACCGCCAUCUCCAAUGUUACCUAUGAUUAUCAAAAAUAAUAACUCAUCCACACCUGCACCUACAAAAUCGUCUAUUGAAGAGUAUGCCAAUGCCUUAACUGAGCGUUGUACACAUUUAAUAGAUUUGUUGAACGCAACAAACACUGCCAAUGCUACUACUACUAUCACUGAUGAUAAUGUUGCUGCUGCUAGUACCAUUGCAAAUGACAUGGACUUUUCUCACGUCCGAGAGCUGGAAUUGUUGUCAAACCAAACAAUGACAUUGAUAGAUGCAUGUGAUGAAUCUCUCUGCUUGCAAGACGCUAGACAGCAAAUCCAGCAACAAGACCGCUAUGCGUCGGUGGAGACAAUGAAAUUAUUCCUGGUAGAAAUACAAACUAUUUGCAAGAAAUGUUUGACAUUGUAUGAAAACGCACCAUGCUUAAGUUUUAAUGUAUCGGAUGGAUUCAAAAAGGAGACUGCAAAGAUUGAUUCCAUGAUGCACACUGCAAAACACUAUCGAGAACUACAGUCGGAUCAGAUUGACGCCAACGCAAGCUGGUUUAGACGCUACUUUGUUGGAAAACCAUACCAUACGUUUAUUGGCAGCUUGAAACAAGACGCACCCGCUAAUCUGCCCCUCAUUGAAACAACAACAACAACCACUAGCGCCAGUACGAAAAAGAGCAAAUCAAAACUAAACUCUUAUUUUGGAAGCAACUCUGUGGAUGAAACCCCACUGACAAACGACUCUGUCGGCAUAAUUUCGGUGAUUCAGGAACGAGCAAAGGAUUUCAGUGGCCCUGGAAAUGGCGCUGCCGCUAUUCUUGGGUCCCAGUAUCGAAUUAUCAUUCGUAGCAAAGAGGCCGAGCAAAUGCGUUACAUUAUCCAUGAAUGUAUGGCCAAAGAGACCCAAUCAUCGCUCGAAGCACGGGGUGAUAGCAACAAGCUCGAUAAAUGUACCUCGCACCUCCACCACGACAAGCGACUGCGACCCUUUAUGAGUAGAAAUAUCAACCAAAAUGGGUCCUCCAUGCCUCAAUUAAGCGACGCUAAUAAUACGACAACAUCAAGGAUGCUUCGAGCAGCUAUUCUAUCCGUUUGUCCUAAUAUAGACUUGCGUUCAUUUAAAGAGCUAUCGGCUGAAUCUACCAUUAUGGCAGGCUUGGAAAAAGAUCUAUUAAAAUAUGACGAAAUUCAUAUACCCAAACAUUAUAAAUUUGGCGUGCUAACAAUACGGGACAACCAAACAACCGAGGAAUCUUGGUUCUCGAAUACUGGCUUAUCAGAGCAAUUACAGGAUUUCCUCAGCAUCAUGGGCCAAAAAAUCAAAUUGAAAGGAUACAGGGGCUAUUCAGCUGGUCUGGAUACUAAAACUGGCGAGUCGGGCGAGUAUGCUUACAUUUCAAAGUGGAAUGAUUUUGAUAUCAUGUAUCAUGUGGCACCAUUGAUGCCUUCCCAAAAGAAUGAUAAACAACAAGUGCUACGCAAAAAACACAUUGGCAAUGAUAUUGUGUGUAUCAUAUUUCUGGAGGGCAGCCAAACGUUCAAUCCCAAAGCUAUCCGGUCUCAGUUUCUUCAUGUGUAUAUAAUUAUUCGACCUGAAGUGGUGAGUGGCAAGAAAUGCUGGAGAAUUGAGGUCUUGACAAAGAGCAAUGUGGGUGAAUUUGGCCCUACUACACCCAGCCCUCCAUUGCUUUACGAUGACGAUACAUUGAAGGAAUUUUUGACAUUGAAAUUGAUCAAUGCGGAGAAUGCUGCUCUGAAAUCAGACAAGUUCUUUAUUCCCAACAACAAAGCUCGGCUUGGCCUUCUAUCGACACAUAUUCAAACAGGAUUUUCGUUCAAUAUACCUCAAGUGUUGCGAUCUGCUAGUACAAAUCGCUUAUCAAGCAACAAGUCCUCAUCCUAUCUCUCUAUUACAAAACAGCAGCAGCAACAACAAAAGAAGCCCCAGCGGCCCAAAUCUGUCAACAACAAAUCACCAGCGAGUAGCAUAGGCAGUAAUGGAUCAUCUCGACUGCUUAGAGAGGCCAUUCUCGAUGAAGAGAAACGAAGCAGAUCCACAAUGGCUAGCACUGAUAUACCGCCCAUGCCAUCCAUAUCUAGAUCAACCCUGCUACAGGACUUGAAGAAAGGAUUUGUCUCUGGAUCCAAGAAAAUCAAAGGUGAAAAGAGCAUCACUCGUAAAACAAGUCAAUUGAAGAUUAGCAGCACUCCUAAUACUACAAAGCAAGCACUCGAGCGAGUAUGUGAAUUGGAUGGCUCUGGCAGUUGCCCAACCAACAAAGACGAAAUGUUUGUAGGAAAAGACAUUAACAUCUCCUCAACGAGCUUCAUUUCCACUGAGCAGUUGUUUUCAUCUGCUGAUGCUGCGUCGCAGCCAACCGAUUCCACUGUGUCCACUGCAAAGAAGCCAACAGCACCUGCGCAUCAUCGCUUUGCAAUGAAGCCUUUUCCAGCAAGAUCUAAUAUGCGACCACCCAACUUAAUACUGGAUACAGCUACUGCAGCUACAGCUACCACCAGCAUGAGCAAAAGCCAUGUAUCUGGGCUUUCUUGGUAG